AUGUGGGGCAGGAUAUGGGAUCCAGAGGAGAAGAAGAAGAGCAAGAUGGAAAGUUGUCAGCUGCAGAGUUGUCUGGAUCGGGGUUUUGGCUUUGUUACUUUCGAAAAUGAAGACAUUGUGGACAAAGUCUGCGAGAUCCACUUCCAUGAAAUCAACAACAAGAUGGGAUCCCAAAGUGGCGCCUCCAGUGAGUCCGAGUCGUUCGUCUCGCCUCAUGAACAUUUCGGCGUGGCGCCCAUUUCCUUGGUUCCCCCACAUUCGCAUACCCCCCAUGGUAACGCGGCUCCCCUUGGUUUCCGGGCUCUCUCUGGGAAUGGUUUCUCGGGGACGCCAGAAGUGGCCCAGGAACGGGUGCCGGUCUGCACGAAUGCCCUGCUGGUGGAGUGCAAGAAGGCGCAGCCCAAGGAAGUGAUGUUGCCGCAGCAGAUCGCCAAGGGCCGCGCGGCGACGCGCGGGACCUACGGUGAGUUGGUGGUGCUGGGUGCGACGGGAGGCGGCGGCGCCGGUGGUCCCGCGGUGCCAUCGGCCGCGGCGGCUCUGUCCGCUGCCGCCGCGCUGUCUGCGGCCGCCGCGUUCCGCUACGCGCCUUACGUGAUCCCGGCGCCGCUGCUCUCGUCCGCCGCCGCCGCCCCCGCGCAAGCCGCGGCGCCGUUCCCCUUCUACGCCCUCGCCCUGCCGCCGACCUGCAAGACACGCGCGUUCGCCGCCCAGCAUCCCCUGGCCUACUCGAUGGCCGAACUGGCCGGCGUCCCUGCGCUCGACGCCAAGGCCUUGUACCCCAUCCCUGUCGGCCUCUAAGAACGAAAGCGUUUUCACAAAACAAAAAAAAAAGAUAGCGAGAAAAAGAAAAAGAAGAACAAAUUCAACCGACGGACGCCCCGAAUCAUGUCUCUUGCCCCCCGACAGGACAGGAAGCCUCCUCCUCCUCCUCCUCCUCCUUGUCAAAUUCGAAUUAGGGUCCAUUUCCGAAACAAAACGAAAAAGACAGAAUCCAAUCCAAGGGAAUCAUCGUCCAUCUCAUCGCGAAUCAAACCCGAAGACCGGGAAUCCAGCAUCCGAUUCGUAGGAUCCUCCCUUUUUCGCCAUCCAUUCGUAGGAGAUCCGGGGAUCCAGGGAAAACUUCUCGAAAAUUUAAACCACGGGCUUCUUCUGUAGUUCUUCGAACGCAUGAAGUCAUCCGAAAGUCUGCACGCGACCAAAUUUUUUUUUUUUCAACUCAACUUGGGGCCGCCCAACUUGCUUUUUCAGGUUUUUUUUUCUCGUGUGUGACGACAUUCAAGACGAGGAUCCUCCUUUGGGAAUCCUACUUUUCUAGAUUUUCUUCGAAUGUCACCUGCCUGAUAGAUGAGAAAUAUCGUCAGAUAUUUUUGAUCAAAUGGUUGAGGAUGACCUUUGGAUGCUUUCAUUGCAAAUUUUACCCUGAGAUUCGCUACUACCGUAAGAACAUUUUCACUCACCCUAAUGAUACGCUGGAAUUUUAAUUUGGAAAGUUUUUUCUAUUAUUUCAAAAAAAAAAUAUGAACAUGGAACAGUCACGAAAUUUGCUGAGAACUCACUCCAUAAAAUUUAAAAUCACUCGAGAAUCACUGGAAAUUGAAAAAAUGCGAAGUAAAUUUUUGAGAUCAUUUUCUUGACCAGUUUGAAAGUCAGGAAGAGCGAAAAGAUUUUCAGACGAAACGGGGGUUUGUUCAUAAAAGUAAUUGCAAUGUAACUGAAAGUUUUACUGUCUUUCUUUUUUUUUUUUUUAGCCCGUCUUCAAAACCAAGAGAAAUUUCUCCCCUCCCUUGUGUGAAAUCCCCGGGAAAUGAUAGUGAACCUAGGAUUUGUAUCCAUUGUCUUGAAACCUCAAGGGAUCAACGUUCAAAUGAUGAGAUCAAUAUGGGCAUUUCUUAGGAUCCCCGAACCAAAUCUGUUUCGCUCGUUCAAAAAUUUCAAGUGGGCGAUUUUUAAGCUAUUGUGAUGCAGCAGUCAGUUAUUCAAAGUUUGCAGCGUAAAUCGGACAUUCAGCAGAAAUAUUUUCUGAUUUCAGCUCAUAUCUGUCGGGAACCCUACGAAGUGUCCAUAUUAUAAAGGUGCUUUCCAGCGUGUGGAUCCUUUGGGGGGGGGGGGUUUGUCCAGCUUGCGGAAGGAUCCCUUGAAGGUAUCAGUAGGAAACCGUUUCAGAGAAAGGGGAGAGCUUAAAGAAAUUGCAGUCCAUUCACCUGAGGUCGACUCUGGAAAUUGUAAAUAAAAUAUUUGUUUGGGACGAGUAUGGAGAUUGAUCCUCCAGUGAAUAAUUAGUGCAAUACUUUUUUUUUCUAGUCCCAGCAAAGAAAAAAUUGGUCAGUCAAUUUUGGGUGGAGAGGCAAAUUUAAGAUCCCUUGAAACUCAGCAUGCAAGAAGGAUCAAACGUUGCCCAGAAAACUGGCAAGUCUGCGAAAAACAUGAAACAAUUGGAGCUUAUUUUCCUGUGCUGAGUUUCCAGGGCAAAAGAUCUCUUGCAAAAUUGUCAAAGCAAUGUGUUGAUCAACGUAAGUUAUCAGUGUUUUAAGUCCCGUCAUUUAGGGACUCAGUAAAAAUGGGAGCAUUUCUCAGUCCAAUUUCUGCUCUGCCAAUGUCCAGCACUCAUAUUUAUCCACGUAUUUAUGAAUGUUCCAGAGGAUACAGUGUAUUGGUGUUUUUUUUUAAUAAAUGCCUCCUGGAAUUGGCAGAAUGGGGGUUGGGUUGAGCCUAUUUCUGGCCUGACUUCAUUGCCUGAGUUGCCCAGAUUUUUUCUAAGGAAUGUAGUACAAAGAGCUCAAUGGAACUGCAAGCAAUACUUAACUUUUCUGGUAGCUUUUGAGUGCUAAAAAACUUGUGGGAACAAUUUUAGUGAAGGUGUAGAAACUUGAGGAGUUUUAGGGCCGCUCAGGGUGAAGCUCUUGGCUGAGCCAGAUUUCAAGCCGAAAGAACCGGUUGGACUUUGGUGAUAGUGCUGCCCCCUGUCGGAUUUCCAAAAGCUGCUGAGCUUAGAAAGUUGGCUAAGGUAUUCUUAGGAGGCAGUUUUUGGAAUGUAACGGCUUAGUGUGUGUGUUUGGGACGAUGGUCUUCCGUUUUCUUCCUGUCCGAACCAUUCCUGGCCUUUGAAGCCGCUUCUCCCUCUCUCUUUUUUUCUUCACCUUGCUCCAAAUCUCUUGUAUGUUUGGAACACAAGUCAGUAAUAUUUAACUCGUCAAAGCUGGGAAACGUCUCUUCAUCAAAUGGAUUUCCAUGCCAUGCUGAAACUCUGAAUCGAAUAUGAACAGCCUCUCGUUUUUUUUUUAUAUCUGUAAAGCUUCGACAUUUGUUUCGCUGUGGUCAGCAUUAAAAUUUCUUUGGAAACUAAUGAUGAUGGCGAUGGAAUACAAUAAGUGGAUUGACUUUUUAAAAAUUAUUUCAAGAAAUGCAUGAGGCAGAAGAACAUUUUUAUAAUUGGGUUUUGAAGCAGUUUGAAGGACAGUAAAUGAGGGUUGUUCAGAGAAGAGUUGCUAUGCAGAGUGAAAAUUAAAUUUUUCAAGUGAAGUCUUUAUUUAGUCAAAUUAAACUUUCAAGUACAGUGAGAUCCCCACAUGCGGACACCUCAACCUGCGGACAAUUCGACAUAGAGACACUUAUUUUCCCAGAAAAUAAUUAAUAAAAAAGGCCCAGCGUGAGAACACUGACUCGACAUAGGGACACUUCGUGAAUAAAUUGCAAAUACAUUUCAGGCCAAAUUACAAGAAACAGAUAUUUCCAACCCUGUAAGUCUAUGGGAAAACAAGACUUGACUUAGGGACACUCUUGAUGCACCAAUUAUGUCCGCAUCUUUGGGUCUCACUAUACAGUAUUAC